AUGACACUCAAGGACAAGAAGAAACUUGUGGAGAAGAAGCCAACUGCUGGGAAGCUAACGAAAGAGAAGGAGCCAGAGGAAGGGAACCGGUGUAGCAUGCAUGCUAACAUGCAAACUUCAAAGGCUGUGACUGUCAAGCACGGGACAUCAUCAAAGACUACUGCUCCUUCAAAGAAGAAAACUGAUGCUAGCUAUGAUAAAGAUCAUCAUUCAUCUUCUCUGAAUGAUAGCCAAGCCGGUAAUAAUGAUGGUGAUGAUGAUGAUGAUGAUGUCCAAUGGCAGGUAAUCACUUCAUUUGAGGCUACAAGACAAUGCAUUCAGGGGCAGUCAAGCGCUAUGAUAGCAGAGAAGGCGAUGGUUUUCAUUGAUGAAGCAAAACAAGAGAAGAAGUUACCACCGAAAGCAAAGAAAGAGCAUCCUGACAAUGGAAUGAAAAAAAAGAAUUAUUUCACGGCCAUUAUUCAGGAUGAAGAAUCUCAGAUGCUUCUCCUUGGAGCGAUGGAAGCAUUCUACCACAAGGGCAGUGCAAAUGCUGUCAAGGGAGCAUAUAUUGCUCUUAAGGUCCGACACUGA